AUGCGCGCUGUGAUGGUAAAUGCUUUACAUCCAGUGAAAACUGCAACACUUGCAUUGCAAAAACAAAACUUAACAAUUGGUGAUUUUUAUGGCAUCUGCGAUUUUGUUGAUCCUCGAUACCAGUGUUUAUUAACUCCUGAACAACAACAAAUAGCUAUAACUCGUCUUGUUGAAACAUGGGAGACAUUACUUCUCUUAAAGAAUAGAGACUCUCCUAUUGACGAAUUUCCAGAAACUACCGCUAAUGAUGAAUCAACCAUUGAGAGUACUAUUGAAAGUAGCCAAGACUCUACAGAUCAAUUUGAAGAUUUUUUAUCAUCACAAUCUUCUCUUACAUCAAAUUCAUCUGCCUCGUCCUUAACAGUAACUUCUGAAAGUAUAUUAAAUAUAUUGAAUGGUUUUAAAAAUGUUGAGCGCAUUUCUUAUACUGCCGAUAUUUUCCAAUAUUGGAAAACACGACAAUUAACAGAUCCAGAACUUUAUCAAUUAGCAAGUGUAGUCUUAGCAGUUCCAGCGACUCAGGUCAGUGUAGAAAGGAGCUUUUCUGGAUUGAAAUUUGUUGUUUCUGAUUUAAGAACAUCAUUAGAUCCAGAACUUUUAGAAGCAAUCAUGCUGGCAUUGAAUGCCAAAAUUGGUACUCACUUUUAA